AUGACCCUGGCCGGCAAGCACGCUGUGGUGGUGGGCGGCACGCACGGCAUUGGCCUGGCCACGGCGCGGCUGCUGCAGGCGCGGGGGGCGCGUGUGCUGGUCACGGGCAGCCGCGCCGACAACGUGACGGCUGCCCAGCGCGCGCUGGGCCCGGCGGCCCUCGUGAUCCAGUCCGACGUCACGAGCCCGCCCGCCCACGCCGCCCUCGAGGCCGCCGCCCGCCGUUUCUUCGGCUCGCGCGACACCGACGACAUCGCCCUCGACCUGCUAUUCCUUAAUGUCGGCUUCGGCGACCUCGUACCCUUCACAUCCAUGACCCCCGAAGUCUAUGCCCGUCACUUCGACACCAACACCCGCGGCCCUGUCUUCCUCGCCCAGCGACUCGUCCCGCUGCUCGCCCGCGGCUCCGCUAUCGUCUUCACCACUUCCGUCUCCGUCAACCAGGCCUUCCCGCUGCUCGCCCCCUACUCCGCCUCCAAGGCCGCCACCUACGCCUUCGCCCAGGCCAUGGCCCUCGAGCUGCGCGACCGCGACAUCCGUGUCAACUGUGUCAGCCCCGGUCUCAUCCACACCCCAACCCUGGGUUUUCCUGACACCCCUAAGCAUAUCUCCGACCCAUUCAUUCAUGCCGUCGAGGCCUCAACCGCGGUUGGCCGUGGCGGUAACCCUGACGAGGUCGCCAAAGCUGUCCUCUUCCUGGCUUUUGAAGCCACCUUCACCACCGGUGCUGAGCUGCUGGUCGACGGUGGCAUCCGCCAUCUAUUUGUGGGCAAUGCAAAGCUGUAA